GGUUGGACACAGGCGAGCCGCUCACUUCAGUGCUACAGGCGCCAUGCUUUACGCGCAGAGCCACGGCUAGCAACAAAAAUGCUUCAGAAAGACCUUGGCCCAGCCCAAAAUGUUCGCUCUACGCUGCUCGCCGGGGACUUACGCCUCUGAUACAACAUGUGAAGAGGGAGAGAGCUUCUUAAAAUGGCCUUGUUUCGAGUCUGACUUUCGCGUUUCGCUCGCUGCAGCGUGACACAGACAGUUGCUCGUUUCCAAAGUUGUCGGCUAUUGCGCGGCGGAAUUACAGACACCCGCAGCCAACAUGGAUCGGCAGCAACUGAGCGAUCUGGAGCGAGACAAGCAGUACUGUGAACUUUGUGGGAAAAUGGAGAACCUCCUCAAAUGUGGAAGGUGUCGGAACUCCUUCUAUUGCAGCAAGGAGCACCAAAAACAACACUGGAAGGAACACAAGCUCAAAUGCAAGGAGGCGGACAAGGCGCAGCAGAAACAAGCAGAGCAGGCGGUGCGACAGGCGGCUGAGGAGAAGACACGGGACGGGAAUGGACAGAACAAGAAGCCUCCAGAGCCAGAGCAGGGAGACGGGGACAAGGACAAGGAAAGCGCAUCUUUACCCACGAACCCCGACGCAGAUGGAGGAGAGGAUAAACCUAACAGCACAGGCACGCCUAAUGGUCAGACUAGCUCAUCUCUAAAGAAACUCGCCUUGGAGUAUAUUGUCCCGUGUAUGGACAAACACGGCAUGUGCGUAGUGGACAACUUUUUAGGAGUAGAUACUGGACAGGGUAUUUUGGACAAUGUUAAAGCGUUGCAUGACACUGGCAAGUUCACUGACGGUCAGCUGGUUAGUCAAAAAAGCGACUCCACUAAAGACAUUCGUGGGGAUAAAAUCACGUGGAUUGAGGGGAGGGAACCGGGCUGCGAGAAGAUCCGCUUUCUCAUGAGCCGCAUGGACGACCUCAUCAGGCACUGUAAUGGCAAACUGGGAAACUACAAGAUAAACGGAAGGACGAAAGCGAUGGUUGCGUGUUAUCCCGGAAACGGCACAGGGUAUGUUCGUCAUGUGGACAAUCCGAAUGGCGACGGGCGCUGUGUAACUUGCAUAUACUACCUAAACAAAGACUGGGACGUCAAGGAACACGGGGGUCUGCUCCGAAUCUUUCCCGAAGGAAAAGCCCAGUUUGCCGACAUCGAGCCCAAAUUCGAUCGCCUGCUGCUGUUCUGGUCGGACCGGCGAAACCCACACGAAGUCCAGCCCGCCUAUGCGACCAGGUAUGCCAUUACGGUGUGGUAUUUUGAUGCAGAUGAGCGAGCUAGAGCUAAAGUAAAGUAUUUAACAGCUGCAGGUGAGAAAGGUGUUAAGGUGGAACUAGACAAAUCCUCUGAUGCCAGCUAGUAGGAGGCCUGCCCCGGUCCUCCUUAAAUCAGCCAACAAGUGCUCUGUGUGAAGAACGUGGCCUAUAGAGAGCAUGUGCGCGUGUGACUGUGUGAAUUUAACAGUUUAAAGACCUUUUGCUUUGAGUGAAAUAGUGAGCGAUCCAGUGUUUAUGGACAAAAAUAAACAAAACGCCACAAUUUCGGUUCAUUCUCAGCAGACCAUGAAUGUCAUGACAACAAUGUACUGAAAGGGAUUGUGUGUCUUUUACACAACUUUUACGUUACAGGCAAAUCAUGUCAGUUAAACACAAAUUCAUCUUUAUUUUGUUGCAUCUUGGUCUUUGCAGUUUAUUCCUUAAAGGUACAGUGUUCUGCAUAUGCUUAAAGUGUUAUGCUUUUCACAUGGAAUCAGCUGUUAUAAGCUACUGUUUUGGCAAAAUGUGCUUGAGUUUGCAAUAACAAGGAAUGAUCUAA